UAGGGGCUUCUGGAAAUAAUGAAAUAAUACCCAUUUGGGAGUCUCGUGCUCGUCGGAUAAAACCCACCCACGCCACGACUACACCCCUCCAGCCUCCCUCUCUCUCUACGCAAAGAGAAACCAAAGCAAAAACCUAAUCUCAACCCCACUGUCUAGGACGUGAAGGAGCUAUGGCUGAAGGCACAGAAGUUGAAGAGCGGGUGGAUCUUGAUGAAGACAAUUAUAUGGAAGAGAUGGACGAUGAUGUUGAAGAACAAAUAGAAGACGAUGAUGUUGAAGAACAAAUAGAUGAUGAUGGAGUAGAUGGAGUUGGGUAUGAAAAUGCUGAAGAGAAUGUUGAAGAAGUACAUGAGGACUCUAUAACUGGGGCUAGUGGGAAAAAUCAAUCGCCAGAACAGAAUAGAAACCACAUUGCCUCCGAAUCCGUGGAAGAUGAAGAAAAGCCUGCUACUUCAGUUGGUGAGGAUGUGAAAGAGAAGCAUGCCGAACUUCUUGCUCUUCCUCCCCAUGGGUCUGAAGUCUUCAUUGGUGGACUUCCUCGAGAUGCCCUGGAAGAAGAUUUGAGGGAUCUCUGUGAGCUAAUAGGCGAAGUUCUUGAGGUAAGAUUGAUGAAAGAUAAGGACACUGGUGAUGCCAAGGGUUAUGCUUUCAUAGCAUUUAAAACAAAAGAGGUUGCGCAGAAGGCCAUUGAAGAGUUGCAUACCAAAGAAUUCAAGGGUAAAAACUUAAGGUGUUCGCUGUCUGAAACUAAGCACAGACUAUUCAUUGGUAAUGUUCCAAAGAGCUGGACAGAGGAUGAGUUUAGAAAAGUCAUUGAGGAGGUUGGUCCUGGAGUUGAAAACAUUGAGCUCAUAAAGGAUCCUCAAAAUCCAACCAGAAAUCGUGGUUUUGCUUUUGUUUUGUAUUACAAUAAUGCUUGUGCCGAUUAUUCGAGGCAGAAAAUGUCAAAUGCAAAGUUCAAGUUGGAUGGCAAUACCCCAACCGUUACCUGGGCUGAUCCAAAGAGUGCACCAGAUCAUUCUGCUGCUUCUCAGGUUAAAGCUCUUUAUGUCAAAAACAUUCCUGAGAACACUAGUACCGAAAAACUGAAGGAACUGUUUCAGCGCCACGGGGAAGUGACAAAAGUGGUUAUGCCACCUGGCAAAGCUGGUGGCAAACGGGAUUUUGGGUUCAUCCAUUAUGCUGAAAGGUCAAGUGCAUUGAAGGCUGUUAAAGAAACAGAAAAAUACGAAAUCGAUGGCCAACUUUUGGAGGUUGUACUUGCUAAGCCACAGGCUGAUAAAAAAUUUGAAGGUGCUUAUCCCUGUAAUGCUGUGCCUCAUUCAAACCAUCUCCCACACUCUGGGUAUGGUGGUUUUGCUGGUAAUCCAUAUGGCUCUCUAGGGGCUGGAUAUGGUGUUGCUACUGGUUUUCAGCAGCCAGUGAUAUACGGUAGGGGUCCAAUGCCAGCAGGAAUGCACAUGGUUCCAAUGGUUUUACCGGAUGGCCGAAUUGGCUAUGUUCUUCAGCAGCCAGGCGUACAGAUGCCACCUCAGCCUCGUAGAAUUGAUCGGAGCAAUGCUCCAAGUGGCCCACCAGGUCGAGCAGGAGGUAGCAGUAGUGAUGAAGGCAAUCGUGGCAGGAGGUACCGACCUUAUUAGUGGUAGAGGACAGUUUCAGGCUGCUGUACGAGUCAGAAAUUCUGCAUCCAGAGUUUCAGUGUUGCAGCUUCUGGAGGACCACUAUUACUAAUCUUUUGUGUUUUUAGGUGAACCAAUUGGUCCAUGGCAUCUCUACCAUAAGAUUGAAGACUGCCUCUCUUUUCUUUUCUUUUCUUUUCUUUCAUUGUUUUAGCCUUUUAGGGGUCACUUAGCUAUGGUAAUAUUCUUGACUCUUGAGGCCGCUAAGUUAAGAAAACUGAAAUAUGCAAUUCUAGGCUCUCCAGUUCUCUGCAGACAAGCAUGAUAGUUGGUAUUUGUUUAAAACUCUGAAAACGCUCUCCAGUGAGCAGGUAGAUUUUUACUGCCAGUGUUUCAAAUAUGAAAUCAGGAAAAGAAAAUGUUGCUGCGAUUAAAA